AUGUCUGUCUUCCAAGCAUAUCUGCUGCAACUGCUACUACUGCUACUUGCUUUGCAAUGCAGUGAUGAGCUUUAUCACUGCAAUGCAGCUACUCUGGUUCCCACUGCUGAACAUCCUGCUAAUUGUAUAGAGAGUGAGAGAAUGGCUCUUCUUGAUUUCAAGAAGUACAUCAAAGAUCCAAACAACAAGCUCUCUUCUUGGACAGGACAAGACUGCUGCUCAUGGGAUGGUGUCCACUGUGACAACCAAACCAGCAACAUCAUUGCCCUGGAACUUGGGUGGUAUCUGCAGGGAGGUGAGAUAUCUGCAUCUUUGCUUCAGCUUCAACACUUGAAACACCUUGACUUGAGUGGCAACUUCUUCUUUGGAUCACCUAUUCCAUCAUUCAUCUCUCAGUUCAAGGAGUUGAAGUACCUUAAUCUUUCUGGAGCUGCCUUUGACGGACCCAUCCCUUCUAGCUUUGGAAACCUCUCCAGUUUGCAAACUCUUGACCUCUCAAACAACUUUAUUUUGAAUUAUGAACUCACAGACUUUCAAUGGCUUUCUAAUCUCACUUCAUUGCAAUUCAUUGAUAUGAGUGCUGUGAGCUUGGAAAACAUGUCUACCAGCUUGUUUCUAGCUCUCAACAAGCUUCCUUUCAUAAAUGAGAUACGUUUGUCUUGGUGUGACAUUGAAAGCUUUCCUCUUUCCAUUCCACAUCUCAACUUCUCAUCUCUCUCCAUUCUUGAUCUCUCCAACAACCAUAUCUUUUUCUCUGAAGUUUCUUCACCAUUCAACCUCCAAAGGCUUGAAUAUCUAGACCUCAGCAACUCUUCAAUUAGCAUGUUCCUAGCUCUCAACAAGCUUCCUUCCAUAAAUGAGAUUCACUUAGACAACUGUGAGAUAGAAAAGUUUCCUCAUUCCAUUCCUCAUCUCAACUUCUCAGUUCUCUCCUUUCUUGAUCUCUCUUACAACCAUAUCGAUUUCUCAGAGGUAUCCUGGGUGUUCAGUCUCACAAGUCUCCAAUAUCUAGACCUCAGUCGCAAUGAUCUUGAUCGGGAUCGCUUAUUGCAAACUCUAGACUUGUCAUACUUGAGUAUCAACAAGAGACUGGCUGAACUUGAAGGUGUGUUUUCUGGCUGUCUUAAGGAUAGUCUCACUCAGUUGUACUUAAGAGGUGUGUAUGUUAAAGGAGAAAUACUAGAUUGGGUUGAGACAUCAAGAAUCCUCAAGCUUCUUGAUCUCUCAAACAACAUACUCUCUGGCUCUCUGCCUUCAUCCCUGGCAAGACUUUCUUCUUUGGAGAAAUUACUAAUUUCUUCUAAUGAACUAAAUGGAACACUACCAGAGGAGAUUGGAAAACUUGCAGAUAUGGUGCACAUAGAUCUUUCAAAUAACUCCUUUUCAGGUCCUAUCCCUCCAAACAUCAUUGAUGAGUUAAACCAGGUCUUUUUACUGUCUCUCUCCAUGAACAAAUUAAGUGGCAGUAUUCCUAGUUCAUUUUGUCAAAUGAGGGGACUGAUGGUUAUUAAUGUGUCUAAGAACCAAAUCUCUGGUGAACUCCCUGAUUGCUGGUCAAAUAUGUCUAAAAUAUCAGAUAUGAAUUGGGCAAAUAACAACAUAUCUGGAUCCAUUCCUUCUUCGAUAUGUCGUCUUCCUGAUCUUCGGACACUAGCAUUGAGCCACAAUGCAAUGCUUGGUGAGUUCCCUGUUUCAAUGAAGGAUUGCAGUCGAUUGGCCGGCCUGGAUCUCAGUUACAACAACUUCACUGGAAGAAUACCAAAUUGGGUUGGACAAAACUUAUCAAGUUUAAGUGUUCUCAUCUUAAAAUCAAACACUUUUACUGAUCACAUCCCAGAAGAAAUUUCUCAACUUGAAUAG